UUUACGUAGAGAUACGUACCGCAACAUUUAGGCAUCAAAAGGUUUCGAUUUCCGGACCCUUUAUAAAGCUGUUCUCUGGGAUGACAGUCAUGAAUUCAGUUUUUUGGAUACAACUACAACAUGGUGAACUUUACCAUCGACCAGAUCCGUGAGAUCAUGGACAAGAAGAGCAACAUCCGGAACAUGUCCGUGAUUGCUCAUGUCGACCACGGAAAAUCUACGUUGACGGAUUCGUUGGUCAGCAAAGCAGGAAUCAUUGCUGGUUCAAAAGCUGGUGAAGCUCGAUUCACUGAUACCAGGAAAGAUGAACAGGAUCGCUGCAUCACCAUUAAGUCAACUGCCAUUUCAAUGUAUUACGAGUUAAGUGAUAGGGACAUGCAGUGGGUUGAAGGACAAAAACACGGGAAUGGUUUCUUGAUUAAUUUAAUCGACUCUCCCGGGCACGUUGAUUUCUCAUCUGAAGUGACAGCAGCUCUCCGUGUAACUGAUGGAGCUCUUGUUGUUGUGGAUUGCGUCAGUGGUGUAUGUGUGCAAACCGAGACCGUAUUGCGACAAGCCAUCUCUGAGAGGAUCCGGCCCAUUGUCUUCAUGAACAAGAUGGACCGUGCACUGCUUGAGUUGCAACUGGAGAAGGAAGAUCUGUACCAGACCUUCCAGAGAAUCGUGGAAAGUGUGAACGUAAUUGUGGCCACUUACGCAGUUGAAGAUGGUCCUAUGGGUAAUAUUAUGAUUGACCCUCAGAAGGGAACUGUUGGUUUUGGAUCCGGUCUCCAUGGCUGGGCCUUUUCACUCAAGCAGUUUGCUGAAAUGUAUGCUGAAAAGUUCAAAGUUCCGUUGCCAAAGUUAAUGAACAGGUUAUGGGGGGAUAACUACUUCAACCCUGCAAUGAAGAAAUGGUCAAAAACAAAGUCUCCUGAAAACGAACGUGGCUUUAACACGUUUGCGUUAACUCCUAUCUAUAAGGUCUUUGAUGCAAUUAUGAACAACAAAACUGAGGAGAUUGGCAAGCUCAUGGAGAAGUGUAAUGUCAAACUGAAGGGAGAUGACAAAGACAAGGUGGAGAAGCAACUUCUCAAAGGUUUUAUGAGGACCUGGUUGCCAGCUGGAGACACUCUGCUUCAGAUGAUCACCAUUCAUUUACCAUCACCAGUUGUGGCUCAGAAAUACAGAUCUGAGUUGUUGUAUGAAGGUCCAGCUGAUGAUGAAGUAGCCACUGCCAUCAUGAACUGUGAUCCUAAAGGCCCCUUGAUGAUGUACGUAAGCAAGAUGGUACCGACAUCAGACAAAGGUCGAUUCUUUGCCUUCGGACGUGUGUUUGCUGGAACCGUAGCCACUGGACAGAAGGUUCGAAUUAUGGGACCAAACUUCGUUUUCGGUGAAAAGAAAGAUCUUGCCAUUAAACCUAUUCAGAGAACCAUUAUAAUGAUGGGACGGUAUAAUUUACCUAUAGAAGACGUACCUUGCGGUAACAUCUGUGGAUUGGUCGGCGUCGACAACUUUUUGGUUAAAACUGGAACUUUGACAACUAGUGACCAGGCUCACAACAUGAAGCAGAUGAAAUUCAGUGUUUCUCCCGUGGUGAGAGUUGCAGUGGAAGCCAAGAAUCCAUCUGACCUUCCAAAGCUUGUCGAAGGAUUGAAACGGUUGGCUAAGUCCGAUCCUAUGGUCCUGUGUCAGAUAGAGGAGAGUGGUGAGCACAUUGUGGCAGGUGCUGGUGAAUUGCAUCUUGAGAUUGCCUGUUCUACCCUUUUCAUAUGCAAUUAUGUAUUUUUGCUUCAGAAAUCUGAUCCAGUUGUAUCUUACCGAGAGACUGUGUUCGAGGCUUCCUCUCAAACUUGCCUUUCCAAGUCACAUAACAAACACAACAGAUUGUACAUGACUGCUGAACCAUUACCUGAUGGUUUGCCUGAAAAGAUUGAUGAGGGCAAGGAUAUCUUCCCAAGACAAGAUGCAAAGCUGAGAGGUCGUUACUUGGCCGAUAACUUUGGUUUUGUUGUCAAUGAAGCUCGUAAGAUAUGGUGUUUCGGACCUGAAGGUACGGGAGCCAACCUUUUGAUAGAUUGCACCAAAGCUGUGCAGUAUCUCAGUCAAAUCAAAGACUCUGUUGUUGCUGGGUUCCAGUGGGCAUCGAAAGAGGGUGUCCUCUGUGCAGAGAACAUGAGAGGUAUUCGUUUCAACAUCCAUGACGUUACCUUGCACGCUGAUGCCAUCCACAGAGGUGGUGGUCAAAUCAUCCCAACUGCUCGUCGUGUGUUGUAUGCAUGCCAGCUUACUGCAUCACCUCGUCUGCUUGAACCAAUGUACUUGGUCCAGAUCCAAUGCCCUGAACAAGUGGUCGGUGGUGUUUAUGGGGUUCUGAACAAACGUCGUGGUCAGGUAAACCAGACCGUACCCAACCUGGGAACACCAAUCUUGACAGUGAAUGCAUAUUUGCCUGUCAAUGAGUCUUUUGGCUUCACCGCUGAUUUGCGAUCUAAUACUGGUGGUCAGGCAUUCCCACAGUGUGUAUUUGACCACUGGCAGGUGUUCAAUGGCGACCCUCUGGAGGAAGGUUCAAAGCCCUUUACAGUGGUUAGCGCCACACGUAAGCGUAAAGGUCUUAGCGAAAAUGUUCCAUCUCUGGAUAAAUUCUUGGACAAGCUCUAGACAUUUUCAUCUUCAUUACCAACAAGUCAUUUCAACCAACAAAUACUUGUUUUUGUUUCUCUUUCAUUCUUUACCUAACCUUUAAAAGUUUCAUACUUGUUUCUUAACUUAGCAUUUAAUGCUUGUUUUUUUUUAACUUUUAACCAACAAUGCUUUUUAAUUGAACCAUCAAAUGUUUAUUUUUUUUAAAUUCAACUAACAACACUUAGAUCGGUGACCACCACGGCUUGGAAUAAAUCACAAUCAAUAAUCAAA